CUUUUAGCCAUUUUCCGAUGAUGAGGAAUGUUUAUAUACACUUCAUCUUAUUAUUCCUAACGACAAUAUGUCGAGAACACAGAGCCGACACUGAACCACUUUGUGAAGAUCACCAUUUCAAAUGUCUGAGACGAUGUAUCCCGGAAAGCUGGAAAUGUGAUGGUGACUAUGAUUGUAUCAAUGAAGAUGACAAAUCAGACGAAGAAAAUUGUCCUUCCAAGACAUGUCCAGAAGGUGAAUUUACAUGUGGAUCUGGUCAAUGUGUGCCAAUGAGGUGGACUUGUGACAAUGAAACAGAUUGUAUGGAUGGAUCUGAUGAAACUGACAUUUGCAGAAAUAAAACAUGUCAUGAAGACAAGUUUAGGUGUGGAAAUGGAGAGUGUAUCCCAGCUAGAUGGCGUUGUGAUGGUUCUCCAGACUGUUUUAAUGGUGAGGAUGAGACUUGUGAUUCCCCUACCUGUUUUAGCGAUGAAUUCAGAUGUGACAACUCUAAGUGUGUAAGAAACAAAUGGAAGUGUGAUGGAGAUGAUGACUGCGGUGACAACAGCGAUGAAAAACUAUGUUCUGCUGUUAAUUGCACUGAUGACGAGUUCCAGUGUUCAGACAAGCUGUGUAUUGACAAGCUGUGGCAGUGUGAUGGCGAACUUGAUUGUAAUGACCAAAGCGAUGAAACAAAUUGUUCAACCAAAAAUGUAUCUAUUUGUUCAGAGAUCACAGAAUGGGAGUGCAACUCUGGUAAACAGUGCAUUCACAAAUCGUGGAAAUGUGACGGGGACGAGGACUGUUUGGAUGGAUCAGAUGAAUUGCAAUGCACAGCCACAUGCAGACCAGAUCAAUUUAAAUGCGACAAUAACUGCAUCUAUCACAGUCUCAAGUGUGACGGCUAUGUGGAUUGUGUGGAUGGAUCUGAUGAAGCUGGUUGUCCUCCACCAGUAAGUCACUGUCCAGCUAAGAGAUUUGACUGCUACAAAAAUGGGUCCUUGUGUAUUGAGGCCAGCAAACUCUGUGACAACAGAGAUGAUUGUGAAAACUUUGCUGACGAAGACAACACACUUUGUGAAACUAAUUCAAGUACUUCAGCAAGAGAAAAGUUUGGUAGGUGA